GUCCACGAUGGAGCUGCAGACAUAGCAGACAGGACACACAGUCGCCCUGUUCUGUCGAAACUUUCUUCACACAUGGGGAACUUUGCCUGCUGGUUCGCCUCCCAGUGUGGUGUCACACCAACAGACAUCUUUCAAGGUUGUACAGCUGCAGCCAUACUUGUUGAAGGCGUUUGGAUAGCACUAUCCAGGACAUCUUUACAGAGCAAGAAUGAAAAUAAGAUGUGGCUGCUACAUACAUAGAUUGAGACACAGGUGCUUCCUGUUUCUUCUGUGUCUGGUGGCUGUGUGUUUGCUCAAGCUGGUCUACCUCAAAGUAACGGUGAGGGAGGCUGCCUAUAUUGACCCUUAUGGACUCACUGACAGGCUAUCUGGAGUUCACAACCACACGUAUGAUGUCAACUGCACCGCUAUCUACGAGCUUGACCCGGUGGAAAUAGGCAAAGCUCUUGAGAUUAAACAAAAAGCCAUUGUUGCCGUGGUUGAUGAGAGCACUGUGAGUCUAACCUCGGACUGUCCAUCAUUUAUGAAAACAAGACGUUAUGAUGGUGUUCUGAUAUCAGAGGUUGAGCGCAACUUUCCGCUGGCUUACUCCCUGGUGGUGCAUAAAAAUGCACCCAUGGUGGAGCGUAUUCUUCACGCCAUCUAUGCACCUCAUAACAUCUACUGCAUUCACUAUGACCAAAAGUCUUCUCCAGCAUUUAUUAGGGCCAUGGAGAACCUCGCUCAGUGUGUGCCUAAUGUGUUUGUUGCCUCAAAACUGGAGUCUGUUAAAUACGCCCAUAUCAGCAGACUUAAUGCCGAUCUCAACUGCCUCUCUGACCUGCUGAGGUCAGAGGUCAAAUGGGAGUAUGUGAUCAAUCUCUGUGGCCAAGACUUUCCUCUCAAGUCCAACUAUGAACUAGUGAGGGAACUCAGGAAGCUGAGUGGCAGUAACAUGCUUGAGUCAAGUCGCCCCAGUGAACUGAAGAAACAACGCUUCAGCUUUCAUCACGAGCUAAAGAAUGUGCCGUAUGAGUACCAGCGUAUUCCUGUGAAAACUACUUUGGCCAAGGAUCUUCCUCCACAUGGAAUCAUGGUGUUCAUUGGGAGUGCAUACUUUGUCCUGUCGCGGGAGUUCGUGAAUUACAUAAGCAGCAAUGGAGUGGUGAAGGACUUUUUGGCAUGGUCAGCAGACACUUACUCACCUGAUGAACACUUCUGGGCCACCCUUGUCAGGAUGCCAGGCGUCCCAGGACACAUUUCUAGGUCAGAACCAGAUGUUACCGACUUAAAGAGUAAGACGCGACUUGUUAAAUGGAACUAUUUAGAAGGGAAUUUGUAUCCACCCUGCACAGGUACACACAUGAGAAGUGUCUGCAUCUAUGGAGCUGCAGAACUUCGUUGGCUCCUCAACGAUGGUCAUUGGUUUGCUAACAAAUUUGACCCCAAAGUUGACCCAGUCUUGAUCAAGUGUUUGGAGGAGAAGCUGAUUGAACUGCGGCACUAUGUGUAAAGAUUAAACUAACCUAUAAUUAACUGAACUUGAAAGCUUUGGUGAAAAUGUGCCUUUUGAUUUUUAAAACUACUGUCACUAUAAAUGUUCUUGUCAUCUUUGAUACAUUAUCACAAAAUUGAAGUUUCUAAUGCAACUUUCUGUAUGUAGUGCUGCCCCCCUUUUUGGCAAUAAAAACCACACAAUAAGUCACAUCCAGGUAACAUACUGCAACUUUAGUCUCUGAAAGACAAAAAAAAAAGGUCCUUACCCUAUUCAUGAUCUAUUGGUUCAUGCGUAUUGUGUGUGGCAGUGAUGUGUCUGUAGCCAAUCUGAACAUGGGACCAUUCAUUUUGAUUUUCUAUACAUGGAAGAUUUCCCUGUCUAAAAUCCAAGGGCCUUGCACAGGAAAGGAAAACUGACGUACUGAAUCCCAGUCCAACGCCUGCAUGACCUCGACCCCGCACCAGCCCCCCAACAAACCCUGAGUAUGUGUAUGUGCCCGGAUGUGACGAGUGAAACAAUAUUUACAGUGAAUGGUGUGAGUGUGUGCUAAGGUAAGUUAUUAAGAGGGAUGGCUCCUGCGGGCCGGGCCCAUCCGAGGGGGACAACCAUAGGCAGAGAGGACCGCCACACCCAGCCACGCAGUACCGCACCCCGAAACCCCCACCCCCUCCUCCCAGCCUGUGCCCGCUACCUGCCCCGGAAAAGUGCAGGAGGUGGAUCCACCCCCAGACCAGGCUGCAACAAAACCCCACAGGAGGUGCCAUGGUCAGCAGGGAACGCCCUGCCCCCCUGCAAGAAGAGGCGGAGGUGAGCGAAGCCGGAAGCAAGGACCAGAGAGAAGAGGAGGAAGCAAGUCCGAGGAGCGACAGGGGACCCCACCGCCCCCCACCAGCAGCCGGAACGGGUAAUCAAGGCGGACGGCAGUUGGCACCACCACAGCACCCACGGAAGAAGAGCGUGUCCACCACCGGUUCACACUGGGAGGCCCGCCCAGUUAUUCGUCCUCUCCCUCGGCCAGGGAGGAGUAAAGAAAAUCCCGCCCCCACAGACGCUGGCAACGCAACCACAGGGUCAAGUGAUCCCCAAUCCAUGCAUGUGUCCUUUCAUUGUGCAAAUCAGUCUUAAGUGUGAGAAAAAGUAAAUAAAUAAAUGAGUGUAGUGCAUUAAAAUUGGAAAAACUGGUAGGGGUGAGGCAAGUCGGUCGACACCCCCACCCACGCCAACUAGCUCCCCAAAGGAUGUGAAAAUGUAUGGUGGUGCAUUAAAAGUCCGCGGGGGGAAAGCUUGGCGGGCCAGAAAGCCUGCUGAAAUGCCGGGACACCUGGCCGAGCGUCUUCCCCAGCCCGACCCUGCCCUCCCACCACAGACGGGUGUAUGAUGCAUUAAAACUGGAGGACAGGCAGAGCAGUGAAGGGGGGCGACCAGACCGGAAACAAACACUGAUGUGCCAGCAUUUAACAGUAUUGUUGUUGUUUUUUUUUUUGCGAUAGCUAGAAUUACAAGUAUUGGUUGAGCGUGUUUAUUUGGAAGAUCUAUACCUCUUAAUCAUCCAGCAGACAAAGAUUUGGAGAAAUCGGAAUCCUACAGUUCAAAACUGAGGAAAGUUUCUGUGUGACUAGUGACCAGAAGCGCUGUACGGGUGUAUAUUGUCAAAGAGCAUGCAAAUAAGUGUCUGGAGCGUUUUCAGUACAAUUAGAGCAUAUGUUUGAUUUUGAAUAGCCCAUUUUAUGCAUACUAUAUUGUGUAACGUGUGAUCUAUGGAGUCCUUUGAAGCUGCAAAUGACUGUUUUUGUCAUUGAGAAAGUGUUUCUACAGAUUUGUGGCCAGUAAUCAAUCUCAAGUAGACACCGAGAGGUCUUUUUCCCAUUUUGCGAUUGUCUUGAUUUAGAAUUUCUCCAGAUGGAACAUCUGAGGAUGACGAUGCAUUCAAUGUCCCUGGAGUGAUAAAGUGGUUGACUGGACAGGAACAGCAGCAUGCAUCUUCUAAAUGCAGACGGACAAACUUGUAGGAUAACUGUCUACUUUGACCAUAAAUGAACUUGAAGGUCUCGACGGUUGACACAAGGCAGCUGGGCAACGUGAGGGGCAGCUGUGGCGAAGGAUGCCUCCUGAAGUCCACGAUCAUCUCUACAGUCUUGAGCGUGUUGACACGUCAACACAGCUCCAGCCGCUCCGCUUCCUGUCGAUAUGCAGACUCGUCACCGUCCUUGAUGAGGCCGAUGACAGUGGUGUCAUCUGCAAACUUCAGGAGUUUUACAGCCGGGUGCGUUGAGGUGCAGUCAUUCCUGUAGAGAGAGAAGAGCAGUGGAGAGAGGACACAACCUUGGGGCGCCCCAGUGCUGAUGCUGCGUGUGGAUGAGGUGGCCUCCCCCAGCCUCUACGUGAACUAGUUCAAAGUUCAGUUCACCAUUCCAAAAGUGAACAAGUUUAGUUCAUAGUUCAGAAUUGAAAAUUUUGAACUGAGUUCACCAUUCCAAAAAUGAACUAGUUCAGUUCCAUAUUAUGAUAAUGUGAUCCUACAGAGUUUUAACUAAAGCAUUCUGAUCAAUUUUUAUUAUGUACCGUAUUACAAAAGAACCACCAAAGAACACAAUCGAUCCCACAUUGAAUCGGUUGCCAAAUGCAGCAUUUAUCUGCCGACAUAUGAAGGCUGCUAUAUAGUGUGUUCAGAUGGGUCUGGUUGAGAAAAUCCAGGCUUUCAAUAUAGGCAAAAAUGACACCGCAGAAUAUGUAGUAGUUCAGUGAGGAAAUGUCAUUGCCACCUGCUGGUUACAUGUCAGGCCAUGACAGGCUGAUGUGUCCAAAAUGUGGGGGAGCUCAAAUCUGGCUGAAAAUCAAAUAUUUCAUCAGAAAACAAGCCUAAAAUUACAACUGUGAAUUUUUUUCUGCAGACAUUAUUUGUAAAUCCAGGACUAUGGAAUAAGUGCCAAUGUUCACAAGAUUAGCUAGGUCCUUUAAGUGCGAUGUACUGUAAAAGAACUGUGAUGUACUGUAAUUGUCAUCUGUGUAUUUGGACCCAAAAAAUGUCAAAAAACUUUCAUUAAGAAAUUGUUGGGAAAUAUUUUUAAUAUGGCGGUACGGUGAUCAACUGGUUAGCACAUCUGCCUCACAGUUCUGAGGACUGGGUUUCAAAUCCCGGCCCGCCUGUGUGGAGUUUGCAUGUUCUGCCCGUGCCUUUGUGGGUUUUCUCCAGGUACUCCGGUUUCCUCCCACAUCCCAAAAACAUGCAUGGUAGGUUGAUUGAAGAUUCUAAAUUGCCCAUAGGUGUUAAUGUGAAUGCGAAUGGUUGUUUGCUUAUAUGUGCCCUGCGAUUGGCUGGUGACCACUUCAGGGUGUACCCCGCCUCUCGCCCAAAGAUAGUUGGGAUAGGCACCAGAACGCCCACGACCCGAGUGAGGAAAAGCGGUCAGAAAAUGGGUGGAUGCGUAGUUUUAAUUGUGGAAAAAAUAAAAGACAAUUUGUUUCCUUU